AUGGUUCGACUACAAGCAAACGAUCGCUACUACAGUCGAACAGGAUUGCUGAAUUUCCUUCGAAAGACGUUCCCCGACUGCAAGAACUUCAGGAUAAACGAGGUCAAAGAUGGAUUCUUCACCUUUGAGGCUCCCAGAGAACUUACUGACGACGAGUGGAUCUUGCAUAGCCAGCCCGUUUCUGUCACAAUGUUUGCCGAUGGUCUCCCUGCUCACGACCCAAGUGAUGUACGUCCACUUGCGUUGUCGACAACGCAGAUACGAUCAAAAAUCUUGGAAAAUACUCGACUGUUUUCCAAACGGGAGGAAAAACAUCUGAUUGAGCUAUUGGAACUGGGCGUUGAUUCAUCACGCGACCCGGAUACUUUUACCUUCACAGAUGAGGCGCAGUUGUCCAGUCAUCUUCGCAGCGCUAGACGAGAAACUCUCGGUAGCGGGAUAGACAUAUAUCUUCUCCAUCAGCAGCACACAUGGGCUUCUCUCAAUGCAAGCCGAGACAUGGUCUCUACUCUCAUGGAUCAUUGCAAAGUUGGUUGUGGUUUCUCGAAAAUCCUCAGGUGCUUCAAUGCACGUCAUCUGCCCACUGAGGAAGCAUAUUCCGGCACCUCUCAUACGGUGUUUACCGCCGACCGAUCCGAGUUCGGCUGGGUCUAUAAAUAUCCUGAGAAGAAAGACGUCAAGUCUGGAAAUCCGUGGGUCAUCCGGCAUACUGGGAUCUAUCAGAUCCACAACAAAAAGGGCUCUAGGUCCACAUUGUUGAUAGUGAACCCAAGUUCGAACGCACCUUUUGAUGACUACCUCCGCAAGAGACUGCAGCAGGUAUCGGGCAGAUCUACAAUAAUAUCGACUCCGACAAUCAUUCACACGAUGUUGAUAUCAAGUCAUCUCCAAUCCUGGCGAGAUUAUCUGGAAGACCAUGAAACCUUGCUCUUGAAGCUGGAUUUGAAGCCCGCCUGUACAGCUCUAGAAGAGCCCUUGGUGACUUUCGAUACACUCAAAGAAGUCCGUGCGAUCGAAAAACGAAUAUUACCAGCAGAGCCUUUGUUGACAGCGCUGGACGAACUGAUUCGCGACCUUGAACAAGCUGGCGACCAUUUGCUGGAAGCAAACGAUGGGAAUAAAGAUGCACGCGUAGCCGUUCACCAGAGCCUGGAAGAGCUUCGAAAGGAGGCUCUUUCAUAUAGAAACCGAGGCGCAUAUCUCCAAAAACGAGUUCAGCUCACUGCGCAAUCAGUAUUGGACUCACUGAAUUUGGGCUUCCAGCAGCUUGCCAAGGGGCAGAGUCAGAAUACGUUCCAGAUGGCAAGAUCAGCUCGCGAAGAUUCUGUCGCGAUUAGAGCUAUUACACUUGUGACUUCGUUCUAUCUGCCGUUCUCAUUCGUGGCGACGAUGUUCGGAAUGAACCUUGUAGACUUCGACUCCGAGUCUCGCAACCUCUUAGUAUCGAAACAGUUGUGGCUUUACUUCGUCAUCUCAAUCCCUCUCACCAUCUUGACCUUGGCUUGCUGGAGAUGGAGAAUGCAAACAUACAGGAAAGGCUACCUGAAACAGGAAAACAGCUCACUAGAGUAUAACAAGUCGAUAGACAAUACUUCGGAUAUGGAGAUGGUAUAG